AGUGGGGAUAUUUUUGUAUUUUAGGGUGUUUCUAAUUUUAAUUCUUUCUCAGAACCAUUUCCUUCACGUCUAUUUUGUUAUACGUAGUACGUAGGCGUAUCGCGUAGGAGUAAAACAUCUUUCACCUAAUAAGCUCAGUCAUUUUAAUAUACGUGUUUGUUAAUUAAGAUUAGUACAUUUCAAAUAAUUCAUUUUGAUCUUAAGUAGCUCAAAAGUUUCAAACAAAAUGUUUGAAAGUACAAAAUGCAUAAAUUGAACGUAGGUCGCGAAUGUCUGAUUUUGACAUUCAAAAUAAAAAUUGGCGUGUUCGUGUGACGGAAUCAAAACAUCGGAAUAUUUUGUUGAUAAUUUAAAAGUGUUUAUAUUUGUAAAACUCAUUUUAAUGAAUAUUUAUACUAUUUACGGGGCUGAAAAAAUAAUAUUUAGUGUUCAGUAAUGCCACCGGGUCGAAAACGUUGGAAUAUUCAUGAUGGUCCACAAGGAUCCCUCAGAAGGCUCCGGAACCAGUUGGCCGAGGACGGCUGUGCUGAGUCACAAGUAGUUCUUGCUAAACAACUGUUGGAGGAAAAAUGUGAACUUGAAGCUGAUAAGGUGUCAAACUUCAAGCAGGCCUUAGAAUGGCUGAUCUGUGCCACGGAGCAAGCCCACCCUGAGGCCAGGAGGAUGUUGCGCAGGUGCAUCCGCAGCGGUGUGAUAGAGGAAGAUAGCGCAGCGAUAGUCCGCGCCAAAUCUUGCCUCGCAGCAAGCCGGCAGGAGACCGUAGCGAGAAAAGCUGCUAGAGAUCUUUUUGCGAGUUUGUCAAACGGCGAGGAGUACAUAACGACGGCACAGUUGGAAAGACGCAUCCGAGAAAUCUGCAACACCACGCUUCAGAAGGAUGACAGUACCGACGAUGACUCGCCAGAAGAGGCACCCGCGUUGGACGGCGGACAUGCCUUAGAGCCCUCACAGCACGGCGACGGAGACGUCCCCAAUGGAACCAUCAGGACGCACCCCAUCGCUGACGAAGAUUACGAAGACCCCUGCAACAACGCAGUAAUCCGCAACUUGACAGUUGACAACCUCGUGACAGCGGCCGUUGACUACUGUCAAGGCGAACUGCCUCUCGUCAGCUACGAGCUAACUCUGACAGACCCUAGUGUCAAAUCUCUAGACCACGUUCCCCUCCUACAUCAAGCGUUCCUUCACCCCAUAGUCUUCAUAAAAGUUUUAUACUUGAAAUUAUUAUAUUACUUUGGUUCCUUCACGUUUAGACUGUCCAAUAUUGAAUUGUCUUUAAUUUUAAUUGCAUAUCUAUCUGUUAGUACCGAUAGCUUAUAUCAUUUGGUACCACUGGUUGUAUAUUACAUUAGUUUUAUAGCGAUGGUAAUAUGUACAUUCAAAAUGUUUCACGCUAAACGACAGUUUAUCGAUUUUCGCAAAUGGUCCGGAUUAUUCCUGAGAUACAGUGAUGGAAAUCUCCAACCGGAUGAAUCUGAGAAUUUGUUUGUUAGGAAUAAUUUGGGACCGUUUCUGCAGUUUUUCUUAGCGUUAUUUAUAAAUUUAUUCCUAUAUCCUUUUAUUGCUACACAAUGGGUACCUUUUUCUGAAUUUUGCGUGCUGUCAUUCUCUCUAAUGUUUCUAUCUUUACUAUCUUUUGGUAGAAAUGGUGGCCGUUACCCGGAUCUCUUAGCGUUACUGUCUUUCGGUAUAAAUGUUUUAGCGAAAUAUCCAUAUGAAAAAGAUACAGUAGUCCAUCAAGGAUGGCGGUUUUUAGAUCUCCAUAUUUCUAAUUAUCCUUUCUAUAUCCUUGGGAAUAGCAUUGAAUUUUGCUUGAACGCUCGAAUGUUCUUCUCUCUACUUAUACCUGUUAUAUUAAUAUUUAUGGCUAAAAGGAGUAAUUGGCAAGGAUUUUUCAAAUAUACCCUACCCCAUUGUGUGACGUUAAGUUGGCUGCAGAUGUUCAUAAUAUGUUCCCAUGGUUGUACCACAUAUGGUCUUAUCCGAGGCACAUUAGGACUGGUAUGUUCGUUCCUGUGUUUACCUUUAAUUGGGGUUAUUACGCUAACGUUGCCUAUAUUUGCGUGUAUGCAGUAUAUAACGAUGUCUAGAAUGUUCUACGCGGCGUCGAUAGUAGUCGGGUUUUUGGUUAGUUUGGUUGCAACUUGUUUGUUGGCUAAGAUGGAGGCUACGAAGAAAUUCGUGACGCCAUUUCAGCUCCUAUUCGGCCUCGUCACCCUCAUAUACUUCGGCAACCAGUUCUCGACCAUCCAAGACGAGGCUCUGCCCUCCGGCCUGGUACAGAUGCUGGGCGACAAGGCUGCUAUUAAGAACCUCCUCAAGAGUGACUUUGAGUACGAGGAUAGUGCAUACCAUGUGAACUGGGAGGACUAUUAUACGCAAUGUAAUUCGCCAUCCUGGCUAGAAUCCAACAUGGCGGCCACACAGAUGAAGUGCUCCGUGUUGGACGGAGCGCACGUCAACUGGGAGGGCUAUGUUAAAGAAGUUCGCUUGAAAUCUGUCUCCAAUCGGUGGGACGACUUCGCUUCGUGGUUGCCGACGUUCUUACAAGAGUUAUUUAGAUGUUAUUACGGCGAAGAAUACACUAGUGUAUGCCAAAGCGACGGCUCUGUGAAGGAAUGCCAGUUCGUGAGGAAUGCCGCGCGACACAGCGGGAAGAUGUGCCAUCUCAACAGGUUCAACGAAUACACAUACGAAAUAACAGUCCUAAUGGAAACCACCGGUCUACUAGCGCGCCAAGCGGAAAUAGAUCUCAUCUACGACCACCAUUUCACCAACUUCACCCGUCUCCUUCACUCCAACGAGCGCAUCCGGUUCCGGGGCGUCCUCUCCAACCUAGACUUCAACAUAGGCUCUAAAAACCUAAAAGUUCUAGGCUACGAACUCAAAUGUCUAGACUGUAAGGACGCUAGAGGUAGUAUUAGCUCUAAAACGCCAUCUAUGAAUAAGUUUUCGGAACUAUUUAAAACUGUUACGAAUGAUUGUAUUGUGUCGAGUAAGAAUGUGUUGAAUUUCUUGUUUAAUCCUAUCGUUGUCUUUAAAUAGUUUAUAUAAGGCUGUGUGACAAAAUUGGGUGCGUAAGUAAAAGUAUGAUAUUUUAAUAUUGUAAAAGUCAGUAUGACGCUAAAAUUGUAUCGAUAUUUCAGUUGGUUUGAUUUAAAAACGGUUGCUUUGUUUACUUGUCAUAAG